ACUAGCUUCCAACGAAUAACUUUGUAAUAUUUUGGUUGUGAGUGCGUACACAUGCGGCACUAUCAUGUAUAUGUCCAGCACUCAAAAACGCAGCUGGACAUUCAGUAAUGAGUCAGAGCUUAUUACAUUACGUACAGAAGCCAAUGCCCAGUACAUAGAACGCCACCGUGAAGAUGAAGCUGCCGUUAAGGCAGGUGACAUGUCUAGAUUCUUCCUGACAGCUGCAGAAGAACGUUGCCUGGUGCGUCAGUUUGAGCUCCACCUACGAGAUUUUUGUCGACGCUUUCAGCCUCCAGUUCCACGGGCUGUUAUGGGUGCUGCUUUCCACUACUUCAAACGAUUCUAUCUGCGAAACUCUGCUAUGGAUUAUCACCCUAAGGAGAUGCUCGUUACAUGUGUCUACUUGGCAACAAAGGUAGAAGAAUUCAACGUGUCAAUGGCACAGUUUGUGUCAAAUAUUAAAGGAGAUCGUGAAAAGGCUGCCGAGAUAAUCCUAAACAAUGAAUUGCUGUUGAUGCUACAUCUUAACUAUAACUUAACUGUUCAUCAUCCAUUCCGACCUGUGGAAGGCCUGCUUGUGGACAUUAAAUCUCGUGGUAGUCUACGUGACCCAGAGAGACUGAGACCAGGAAUUGAGGAAAUGUUGGAGCGUGUGUACCUGACUGAUGCUAUCCUCCUGUACUCGCCAUCACAAAUUGCUCUAGCUGCGAUACUCCAUGCUGCAAGCAAAAUCAAUGAGAAUCUAGAUUCAUACGUAAUGGAUAUUUUGAUUGGCCCAUCUGGUAGGGAGCACCUUUCGGGUCUUAUUGAAGCUGUCAGGUGUAUCCGUUCUUUGAUCAAGUGUAUUGAAUUACCACCAAAAGAUCAGAUGCGUAUGUUGGAGAAGAAGUUAGAAAAGUGUAGAAAUCAAGCCCAUAAUCCUGAUAGUUAUGUGUACAAGAAAAGAAUGUUGGACAUGAUUGAUGAAGAUGACGAUGAUGACGAACGGUACCUGUACACCAAAAUGAUCCGUGAUCAAUCAGCAAAUGAUGAGGCACUUUUGGGUGUCUCAAAAGUGCAUUCACCUGCAGCUUAAUGACUAGCUUCCUUUUUUAUUUAUUAAUACAUGUUUUUAUGCAACCAGAUACUUAUUUUUAUGCAAGUGUAAAUUUUUGUUGUUUUUAUGUUCUGCUGCAGGUAUAUUUUUGUAAUAAACGUGGCUACAAUCUUUAUUCAUGUUUGUGUGCACGACAUCACUGAUGCAUAUGAUAGCUGGUAAAAAUACUUAAUAUAUCUUAUUUCACAGUUUUCAAAUCAUUUUGUCAUACACACAAGAUGUACCAUAUGUGUAUUAUUCCAUCUGCAUUGCUACAAGUAUUAUAAUUCAAAUAAAUAAAAAGUGCCUUGUCUCAGACUGUGUGUGUGUGCAGUAAUUAAAAUAGUCUUUUAGGAUUGUAAUCAAAUUUGGUUACAUAAAUUUGUACCAAAAGUUUUAUAUGAAACUGUUAAAUCAAUAUACCUUGGACAAAAUGUCAUCUUCAUGGUAAAUAUGUAUUCAGAGAGAGAGAGAGAGAGAGAGAGAGAGAGAGAGAGAGAGAGAGAGAGAGAUGAACAUGCUAAUGGCAUAACAUUUACACUGUUUUCUUGUCACAUUAAAAAUGAGAUAUUGCUAAAUACACAAAUUGUUCAGUAUUUUUAACAGACAAUAACUGUUGAAACUAAAUUAUUUGCAGAUGUGACUUAUCUCGACUACUAACAGAUAAAAUACCUGCACAAAUCAGCAUAUAUUCAUAAGCCAGAUUUGAGACUGAAACAAUUUGUGUAUUCUUUAUUGUUUCCAUUACAUUCCAAAACAUGUUUAUUUUUCUUUUAAUUGGACAAUAUGCAGAAAUAUGAUGCUUUUGUGAGAAAAGAAGUAGCUUUUAGUUUUAGUUUAUGUAAAUUUGUAUAACAACAUAAGGCUGUUAAACAGUAGAAGCUCAUACUGCAUAAGUUCCAGUUGUUUCAGUAUUGUGAUACUUUGAAAUGAAUACAUGAUUUUUAAAAGGCUGAAGAUAUUUCUUUUCAUAAAUGUAUACACCUAAACUGAGACUGUCGACAAGCAAACAAACAGAAAAUAUUACUCUUAAAUAAAAAUAAUUAGACUGUAGUUACCAAAAUAAAAAGUUGCCAAUGAUUAACAUCAACAUGAAUCAAAAGAUGUUGGUAUCGGCUGUCUUUUUCUUAAGAGCAUGCAUUCAUAGCCAGUGCGGUUUAAGUACCUGAAGGGACAUUAGGUUAUUGCCUGAUUUAUGUUAGGAUUGGAAAAGAGUUUGAAAGUAAUGUAAAUAAUUAUUUAUUACUCAAAUGUUUGAGUACUUUACCAUUUUCAUCAGCUUUUAAUGUAUUACUGAAGGUGUAAAA